GUUCAGUUUUUUCUGUGGGCUAAACACAGCCGAGAAAAUAAAUUGAGAUUUUGAUUUCUCGCCAAAAAUAUGUGGUCUCCGAUGACUCCAAACUAUUUUUCUAUCGAUCGUCUCUUAAGCAACGAUAAGACCAGCUCUGGCCUCAAGAAUCCGGACAGACAUCCGGCAGAUUUUCCACAGUUUGUGCCAAAUGUCGAACUUUUCAAUAAUGUGUUCUCUUCGGCCGCGAAGACUGGAUUCGACGGUCCCUAUCAUCACAUGCCUCAGCCCUCCAAUACUCAGGAUAUGUUACCUUUUUGGCUCUUUUUGCCACAAUAUCUAUCAAUGCAACGAUCACUGGGUUUGUGGUCACCCCCGCGAUCACCCGAUUCUAGUGGAGAAUCUGCACCUGGUCUACUAAACGGCGAUUUCAUUAACAGAAGUCAGCGGGACUUCCAUAGGAGUGAACGCAAGGAUCGCAACGAGACCUUCAUUCACGACAUCCACGACGAGCCCGACAGCAGUUCCAGUCGUGACAGCACUUCAUCACAACAAACCCCAAAUAGUGGUCAAUACACGCCAACCGCUAGUCUCGAAGAGGACAAGACAUUGUCCCAACCCAUCCGCAGUCCAUCCAGACUGUCGUCCGAUGAGACCAAUGAAUUGGAUGGCAAACAGAGCGGCGAUAGUAAUAAUGACAAUAAAUCAGACCCUAAUCACCAGAACCGCAGACGUCGGACCUCUUUCUCGUCGGAACAACUGCUGGAAUUGGAGCGAGAAUUUCACUUAAAGAAGUAUUUAAGUCUCACAGAAAGGGCACAAUUGGCGCAUACGUUAGCCCUCUCUGAGUCUCAAAUCAAGAUCUGGUUUCAAAACAGAAGAGCGAAAUGGAAACGAGUGAAAGGACAGCGAGUGGUCGGCGGCAUCAAUAAUCACGGCCACGGAUCCACUGCCAGCCAUAAGAUUCACGUUCCCAUCCCUGUCCACGUGGACAGAGUCAAGAUCAGGAGUCAACAGCAACAGAUCGACAAGAGGUUCAUUUCAUCUCAUUUCUAG